AUGUUGCUUAAACUGGCACUACUCGGAUCAGCCCUGGCAGUGCUCGGCGAGGCGGAAAAUGAUUACACGAUUAUUGUCGGAGCUGGCAAACGGGACUGCUACUACGAGGCGUUCAAAAAGGACGUUGAAUUCGAAAUCGAAUACCAGGUUGUUGAUGGCGGCGAUCUAGACAUAAGUUUCCAGGCUUUCGAUCCCAAAGGAAAGCAACUCUUCACAGAUCACAGACAAGAAGAUGGCCUCCAUUCUGUCUCAGCUGAGAAGAACCCUGGCGGAGAUUUCCAAAUUUGCUUUGACAACAGACACUCGCGUUUUCAAGCAAAGGUUUGA